AUGUCCUCCGCCAAAACCACCAUCACCGCUCCAAACGGACGCCAAAUCACCAUCAACACCGGCCUGUUCAUCAGCAACGAAUGGGUCGCACCUGUCAAAGAACAGGAGAUAACCAGCAUCAACCCAGCAACUGAGGAAGCCAUUGUUUCCGUGUCUGCUGCUGGCCCUGAAGAUGUAGACAAGGCCGUCAGCGCUGCCCGGGCUGCUUUUGAGGGUAGUUGGGCCGACGUGGUGGGCACUGAGAGAGGUCGACUCCUGAUGAAGCUGGCAGACAUUGUCGAGGCUGAGAUGGAGCCGUUGGCCACCCUUGUCACCAUGGAAAACGGCAAGCCAUACAGCCAGGCUACCGGCGAUGUUGAGGAGAUGUGCGGCACUGGCCGGCAGAAGUUCACGUACACCCUUAGAGAGCCUAUUGGUGUGUGCGGUCAGAUCAUCCCGUGGAACUAUCCUCUUGGUAUGGCAGGAUGGAAACUGGAUCCCUGUCUCGCAUGCGGAAACACUACGGUUCUCAAGCCAGCAGAACAGACGCCGCUCUCGAUUCUGUAUUUUGCCGACUUGGUUGUCAAGGCUGGCUUCCCUCCUGGAGCCAUCAAUAUCCUCAACGGGUACGAACGUGGAACCGGCUCAGCUAUUGUUGACCACCCUGGAAUCGACAAGAUAUCCUUUACCGGCAGCACGGCGACUGGUCGUCAAAUUAUGAAAUCUGCUGCUGUGAAUCUGAAGAACAUCACUCUUGAGACGGGAGGGAAAUCUCCCAUCAUCAUUUUUGACGAUGCAGACAUCAAGCACGCCAUCAAGUGGACACAUUACGGCAUCAUGGGCAACAUGGGCCAGAUUUGCACCGCAAACAUCCCGCAUUUUCAUCCACGAGAGGAUUUACGACGACUUUAUGAAGCUUUUCUUGGCUGUAUUGAAAAGAUAUCCAUUGCUAGCUCCAACAAGCCCAACGGCAGGGGAUACUUUAUUGAGCCCACAGUGGUUGGUGAUGUCAAGUCUUCUAUGAAGGUAUAUAAGGAGGAAAUCUUUGGUCCCUUCGCAGCCGUGGUCAAAUUUUCAUCGGAACAAGAGGUCAUCAAAGCAGCCAAUGAUACCGAGUAUGGUCUGGCGGCUGCUCUGUUCACCACAGAUGUUACAAGGGCAGUCCGCAUCUCUCAGCGUCUUCACGCUGGCAAUGUUUGGAUCAACUCGAAUAAUAACAGUGACUUUCAGGUUCCAUUCGGAGGAAUGAAGCAGUCUGGCAUUGGCAGGGAGCUGGGCGAGGCUGGCCUAGAAGCGUACUCGACUCUUAAAGCGGUCCAUUUGAAUUUGGUACUCGCGAACCCUGAUAUUUAG